AUGUUCGAUUUUAUCUGGCCAAAAACUGGAAAACAAGUUAAAAUUCGUGUAUUAAUUGCAUUAACACUUUUAUUAAUAUCUAAAUUAUUGAAUAUAAGCGUUCCAUUCAUGUUUAAAUAUUUGAUUGAUGAACUCAAUAAAGGUCGAACAUUACAAGUAGAUUCAACAAAAUCAGCAAUUAUUUCGAUGGUUACUGCAUUACUGAUAGGAUAUGGUGCUGCUAGAGCUGGUGCUGCUCUAUUUGGCGAAUUACGUAAUGCUAUAUUUGCUAAUGUAGCUCAUCGAAGUAUUCGUGAAUUAGCAAAACAAGUUUUUUCACAUAUACAUAAUCUUGAUCUAAGUUUUCAUUUGGGAAGACAAACAGGUGCUUUAUCAAAAGCAAUUGAUCGUGGAACUAAAGGCAUAAGUUUUGUGUUAACUGCAUUGGUAUUUAAUAUUGUACCAACUAUAUUUGAAGUUGGACUUGUUAGUGGAGUUUUGUGGUACAAAUUUGGAUUGUCAUAUGGAGCUAUUGCCUUUGGUUGUAUUGCUGGUUAUACUGCGUACACAUUUGGGAUUACUCAAUGGAGAACAAAGUUUCGUGUUCAAAUGAAUAAAGCUGAUAAUGAAGCAAGCAAUCGAGCUAUUGAUUCACUUAUUAAUUUUGAAACUGUCAAAUAUUUUAAUAAUGAAGCUCAUGAACUUGAUCGAUAUGAUAAAACAUUAUCUGAAUAUGAAACUGCAUCAAUUAAAACUCAAACAAGUUUAGCUAUGUUAAAUUUUGGUCAAAAUGCAAUAUUUAGUUUAGGUUUAACAGGUAUUAUGUUAUUAGCUGCUGGUGGUAUAAGUGAAGGUUCAAUGACAGUUGGUGAUUUAGUUGCUGUAAAUGGACUUGUUUUUCAAUUGUCAUUGCCAUUAAAUUUUUUGGGUUCAGUUUAUCGUGAAGUUAAACAAUCCGUUGUUGAUAUGGAAACAAUGUUUCGUUUAACAAUGGUUGAAGCAGCUGUUACAGAUAAAGCUAAAGCAACCGAAAUAAAAAUAAAUGGAGAAAAUUCAUCAAUUGUCUUUGAUAAUGUUACUUUUGGUUAUGUUGAAGGACAAAAAAUUCUUGAAAAACUUUCAUUUACUGUUCCAUCAGGACAUAAAGUAGCUAUUGUUGGUGGUUCGGGUUCAGGUAAAUCAACAAUUACUCGUCUUUUAUAUCGAUUUUAUGAUCCACAAGCCGGAGACAUUCGUAUUAAUGGUCAAAAUAUUCAAGACGUAUCUCUUACAAGUUUACGUAAAGCUAUUGGAGUUAUACCUCAAGAUUCGAUUUUGUUUCAUGAUAGUAUCUUUUAUAAUAUCAAUUAUGGAAAUUUAAAAGCAUCAAAAGAAGAUGUAUAUGAAGCAGCUAAACUUGCUGAAGUACAUAAUGCUAUUUUACGCAUGCCAAAAAAAUAUGAUACUAUUGUUGGAGAACGUGGACUUAAAUUAUCAGGUGGUGAAAAACAACGUAUAAGUAUUGCUCGAGCUCUUCUAAAAGAUCCAGUUAUUCUUGUUUAUGAUGAAGCUACCGCUCAUUUGGAUACAACAACAGAACAAGCUAUUUUAAAUUCUCUUAGAAAGUUAACAAAAAAUCGUACAUCCAUUGUUAUUGCACAUCGUUUAAGUACAGUUACUGAUUGUGACAAUAUUAUUAUUUUAGAUCAAGGUAAAGUAAUUGAACAAGGUACGCAUGAUGAAUUAUUAGCAAAACCAAAUGGUCAUUAUGCAUCUAUUUGGAAUUCUCAACGGGUACACAGAAAACUUAAUGAAGAUAAAAAAGAAGAAGUUAAUAUUGAUGGAAAACAGAUAGAAAAAUAUGAAAAAUCAGCGAAUGAAAAACCAUUACAAAAAUGA